UAAUCUUUUCUUACAGCCGAAAAAAACAAUCAGACGAUCGAGAGAGAAGGAGAAAAAAAAAAAAACCAAAAGAAGGCAGGGGCAAUAAACUAUCUCGCCGGAGAAGGAGAGAGGUAGGAGUCGCUGUAACUUCGUGACCAUUUCCGGCCAUGGCAUCUCCUUGGCUGUUGUGAUAAUGGUAAAAGAAUCUGUACAAAGGAGUAGUGGAUAGCUGAACUUUGUUGAAUCUGAAAUCAGCCUUGGUGUUAUUAUUUUGUCAAAAAAUUAAAGAAGGAAGGAGAGAUAGCAUAAAUGGAAUGCAACAAAGAUGAGGCCACUAGAGCCAAAGAGAUUGCUGAGAAGAAGUUAUUUGCGAAAGACAUUGCAGGGGCAAAGAAAUUUGCUUUGAAGGCCCAGAACUUGUAUCCUGGACUUGAAGGCAUUCCUCAGAUGUUAGCCACACUUGAUGUGUAUAUUGCUGCUGAGAACAAAAUAAAUGGGGAAGCAGAUUGGUAUGGGAUACUUGGUGCAGAUCCGCAAGCAGAUGACGAGAUGGUGCGGAAACAUUAUAGGAAACUGGCUCUUAUGCUUCAUCCUGAUAAAAACAAGUCUAUUGGAGCGGAUGGUGCAUUUAAAUGUAUAUCCGAGGCAUGGAGUUUAUUGUCUGAUAAAACCAAGAGGGUGGCGUAUGACCAGAGAAGAAAUGGCAAAGUAUUUCAAAAGGGCUCUUCUGCUGCUGGUAGUUCAUCAGCAAAACCAGGGUCCAAUGGGUCUUACAAUUUCACUAAAUCGAGUGUGAAGACACACAAAAGUAGUCCUCGAACUGGGCAUUCUUCAACUCCUGCUUCAUCUUAUAAGACAAAACCCAAUACCUUUUGGACUGUUUGUCAUGGAUGCAAGAUGCAAUAUGAGUAUCUCAGAGUCUAUCUUAAUCAUAAGCUCCUUUGUCCUAAUUGCCAUGAGCCAUUUUUAGCCAUUGAAAUGCCACCCCCACCUUCACAUGCGUCUAGGUCAGCCGCACCAUGGAGUUCUUUUCAGCAGCAGCAGCAGCAGCACUCAAACCAUCAAGCUGCUACUAGCAGACACACAUCAAAUUCUGGAAGGAGUAGUGUCAACUCUUCAAAUGUGAGAGCAGGGGGAUCCAAUGGCCCUGAUUCAAAUAAUCAGGCCAACUUUCAGUGGGGCCCUUUCUCUAGAGCUGGUGGUGCUUCAACUGCUACUCAACCUGCAAGUGUGGUCCAGCAGGCACAUGAAAAGGUGAAGAGAGAGCGUGAGGAAGCACAGGCAGCUACAAAAAGAGAGGAGGCCCUGAAGCGAAAGAAUCAUGCCUCAAAGAAGACGUCCAAUGCAUCUUCUAGUGUGAAUUCUAAUGCUGCAAAGAGAAGAAGAGGCAUGGAUGAUGUUGGCCAUGGCAACAAUGGAAAUCUGUCUGCAAAUCAGAUGGGUGUAGGAUUUGGUGGAUCUGGCACUGGCCGCACUGCUAAUGUAUCUGGAUUUAGGCAGGGAAGUUCUGAAAACAGGGUGAAUGGAAUCACUAAGCCCUAUGGCAUGAGGGAUGUCUCCCAAUCUGAAAUUCAAACCUUACUAAUGGAGAAGGCAAAGACAGACAUUCAAAAGAAAAUAAAUGAAUGGAAGUCAGCUAAAGUAGUUAAAUCUGCAGCCAAAGAGGGAGCAGGGAGUGAGAAAGGAAUUGAUCAGGGGGGAAUUUCUUUGUCAAACCCUGACAUAGCUAACCAAAACAAGUCAGUUGAUUCGAUGGGCAUGGAAAAUGGAGCCGAUGGCAUCAAAACUUCUUCCAUCACUUCUAGUGGGAAAACAGAUGCUGAAACUUUGGAGACAAUGUCAAUAAAUGUCCCAGAUCCUGAUUUUCAUGAUUUUGACAAAGACCGAACUGAAAGAUGUUUUGAGGAAAACCAGGUAUGGGCUGCAUAUGAUGCUGAUGAUGGGAUGCCUCGAUAUUAUGCUAUGAUCCACAGUGUAAUUUCUUUGAAUCCAUUCAAAAUGCGGAUCAGUUGGCUUAAUUCAAAAACUAAUAGUGAACUGGGUCCACUAAACUGGGUUGGUUCUGGCUUCUCAAAAACUUGCGGUGACUUCAGAGUGGGCAGAUAUGAGAUUUAUAACUCACUCAAUUCCUUUUCACACAAGGUUAGGUGGACAAAAGGAACACGUGGGGUGAUUCACAUAUAUCCCAGAAAAGGAGAUGUAUGGGCUCUCUAUCGGAAUUGGUCCCCAGAGUGGAACGAGCUGACAGCAGAUGAGGUGAUACACAAGUAUGACAUGGUGGAAGUACUUGAAGACUACAGUGAAGAACUAGGUGUAACUGUUACUCCCUUGGUAAAAGUUGCUGGUUUCAAGACAGUGUUUCACCAGCAUUUGGACCCCAAGGAAGUCAGGAGGAUCCCAAGGGAAGAGAUGUUUAGAUUUUCUCACCAUGUUCCCUCAUACUUGCUUAUGGGUCAAGAAGGUCCGAAUGCUCCGAAAGGUUGUCGGGAGCUGGACCCAGCGGCUACUCCACCAGAACUUCUUCAGGUUGUGGUAGAUGUCAAGGAAGAGGAGAUUGUGGAGAAUGGGGGGAUUCAAAGGGCGAGGCAAGAAAAAAAUCUCGCAGGAGAGGGAAAGAGUCAAUCACCUGUAACUUUGUGACUGUUUCUGGCAACCGGAUGUUGGUCACUGUUGUAAUCAUGAAUACAUCAGGGCAUCUUGCUGCUAGGAAAAUUGAUAGAUUUGAGAACUUUACCAAGAGAGGAGCUGUGCCCGAAACAACCAUGAAAAAGGGAAAGGACUAUACUGUUGGUCCUGUUCUCCUUGGAUUCUUCAUCUUUGUUGUCAUUGGAUCAUCUCUAUUCCAGAUAAUCAGGACAGCCACAAGCGAAGGCAAGGCAUGAACUGUCGCUGAUCUGGUAGAUGGCAGCAGUGGAUGGUUGGUUGUUUCGGUCCCCAUUCCUAGUAGCAUGUAGGAGAGAUGAAGAAUACAUUUACUAGAUCAAUGUUUAUCCUUGUAUGGAACACUAUAAUUUGACAAAAAAAACUGCGCCUCACCAUGACUGCUUAAUCAAAUUGACCAUUUUAGUUUUGCU